AUGGGUUGGCUGGCGGUGAUACUUGGUGUUACAGCGAUAUCUCCCCUAAUAUACAUCAGUGUCGUUGUCCUCUGUGUGUUCUUUAAGUACACACUUGGCAAAUGGCUGUAUUCUAAACGGAAGGAGCUAAUUUUUGCCGGUGAUUGGGCUGUCGUUACGGGGGCAUCUGCCGGCAUUGGUCUAGCCUUCUGCAAGGAGCUCGCGAAGGAGGGACUGAAGAUUCUCAUGGUGGAUGGAGAUGCGCUGAAACUAAAGUCUGCCGCCAAAGAGGUGGAGAACACUUUUGGGGUGGAAACACGAACCCUACAACUAGACCUGUCCGAGGGCCUCUCAUCGGUGGCAUGUUACGUCAACAACGCCUUCGACAAUGGAUGUUUUAUGGGCAACCUGGACACCUUCGAUGGUUUCGCGCCUUUUUGUUCUAUGAACUGCACGCGAGCUGCCCUGCCGAAACUCUCUGAGGAAGCCUACUUACGAGAGCCCUUCCUAAUCAUCAUAACUUCCGUCGAUGUUUGGCUAAACCAUCCGGAUGCCUAUGUACGUGAUAUGAGCAAAUUGGGAGCCUGUCUUCUGAUAAGCUCUCUUUGGCAAGACCUGCGCGGUUCCGGUGUCCGAAUGCAAGCCUAUCUGCCCUGUCUCAUUUCCACCGAGGUCACCAAGGUGCCACCUAGCAGGCACUUUGUACCGUCGGCGGAGGUCUUUGCGGCUGCGGCCUUGGACAUGCUGGGAGUUGAGGAGAUUGGUUGUGGCUACUUUUAUCAUGCUCUACAGUGCUCGUUCCCUGGUAUUUCUCGUAUGCUUUUCGGGUCUUCUGGAGGUGCGCGUCAGAAGAAAAUGCCACAAUGCCCCUCAAUAACGAUGGAACUCUAA